GGCAUCCCUGGGGCACUGGGAGGAGGAACUGAAAGCUUUGGGAGCACUGGGGGUCACUGGGCACAGCAAACCUUCCUGAAAACACUGUGGGACCGGUGACGGAUUCCUUAGGAGUACACCUGAUUCUUUUCCUGGCUCACAGAUAAAACAUCAUUUAUCAUGAGAACAUUUAUUAAAUCCUGGAUUCCUCGGUGUUUGCAGACYCUCAGRUCUCCUUCCAGAACAUUCCAUGGAAACAACAGACUUCUUACAUCUCAGAUUAUUUCCCAUUAUGAGUCUAUAAACCGGUGCGAAAAGGAACUGCCAGAAUAUUUCAACUUUGCRAGUGAUGUCUUAGACGAGUGGGCACGACUGGAAAAGGAUGGCAGGAGAGCAGCCAGCCCAGCUUUCUGGUGGGUGAGUGGCGAGGGACAGGAGGUGCAGUGGAGCUUUGAGGAGCUGGCCUGGCUGUCCAGGAAGGCAGCCAAUGUGCUCUCGCAGCUCUGUGGGCUGCACAGAGGAGACAGAGCCAUUGCAGUCCUGCCCCGUGUCCCCGAGUGGUGGCUGCUGAGUGUGGCCUGCAUGAGAGCAGGAAUUGUGCUGAUUCCAGGGACAUCCCAGUUAACGGCCAAAGACCUCUGGUACCGGCUGCAGGCGUCGCAGGCCAAGUGUGUGAUCAGCAGUGCCCCCCUGGCCGCUGCCCUGGACGCUGUCCUGCCUGGCAGCCCCUGCCUGAAAAGCAAACUGCUGCUGGGCCCAGGGAGCAGGGCUGGCUGGCUGAACCUCGCAGAGCUGCUGGCGGCUGCAUCUGCUGACCAUGAAUGCGUCAGGACSAGGAGUGAGGAGCCRAUGCUGAUUUAUUUCACCAGUGGAACCACGGGCUUCCCAAAGAUGGUGGUGCAGUCCCACAGCAGUUACGGCAUCGGAUUUGCAGUCAGUGGCAGGYGUUGGAUGRACUUGACUCCUUCAGACAUAAUGUGGAACACCUCUGACACUGGCUGGGUAAAAGCAGCUUGGAGCAGUGUUUUUGCACCAUGGAUCUGUGGCUCCUGUGUCUUUGUGCACAAUAUGCCACAGUUUAAACCAGAAGUCAUUGCAGAGACUCUCUCCAGAUAUCCCAUCAGCACGUUCUGCACGGCUCCCACCGCCUUCCGCAUGCUGGUGCAGCACGAUGUCAGCAGGUACAAGUUCCCGAGUCUGAAGCACUGUGUCACUGGAGGGGAAGCACUCCAUCCUGAAGUGUGGGCCAAGUGGAAAAUGCAGACAGGGCUGGAAAUCCAUGAAGGUUAUGGCCAGACCGAAACAGUGCCGAUCUGUGCCAAUSUGAAGGGAAUGCAGAUCAAGCCGGGCUCUCUGGGCAGAGCUGUUCCCCCGUACGAUGUGCAGAUCGUGGAUGAGCACGGGGCUGUGCUGCCUCCAGGAGCAGAGGGCACCAUCGCUGUGAGAGUGCAGCCAACACGGCCCUUCUGCCUCUUCUCCCACUACCUGGACAACCCAGAGAAAAGCGCUGCCUGUGUGCGUGGGGAUUUCUACGUGACCGGGGACAGAGGCAGCAUGGAUGAGCAGGGCUAUGUGUGGUUUGUGGGCAGAGAUGAUGAUAUCAUUAACUCCUCAGGGUACCGCAUCGGCCCCUUCGAGGUGGAGAGUGCUCUGCUGCAGCACCCGGCAGUGGCAGACGUGGCUGUGGUCAGCAGCCCCGACCCCCUGCGAGGAGAGGUGGUCAAAGCCUUCAUUGUUUUGGCUGCUGCUUUUSURUCGCACGAYCCAGAAAAAUUAACCCAAGAGCUGCAAGAGCACGCCAAGAAGGUGACUGCACCCUACAAGUACCCCAGGAAGGUGGAAUUUGUCCAAGAGCUGCCAAAGACAGUCACUGGGAAGAUCAAGAGGAAUGAAUUAAGAGACAAAGAGUGGGGACGGAUAUAGCAUUGUUUGGAAUUUAACAAAUCUUGUCAUUCCAU